AUGCAAUUUCAGUGUUGUAAGGCCUGCCUUGAAACCUCAAAAGACACUAUUGUUUGUAGCCAGUGUUGUGAGUCUUCUUUAUGUGAAACUUGCUUGAACUUGGAAGCUGUUUGUGACAAAUGUAAAGAAGAAGGACAAUACCCAUCAUUAAGAGCUUGUAAAAGGUGCUUACAAAAUCACAUCCAAUGUGUAAAAUUUCUUGUACUCACCUGGAGCAUUGAUUGUGAGUCAGGAAAUCGUAAAAUGGCUGAUCUUGUUGCACAAGAGAAAAUACAGUUCCUUGAGUACCUAGUUGUGUUUCCUGAUGUUGUGCAUCUUUCCAAAACUUACAAGUGUUCAUGGAGUAAUUGGUUUCUGAUUCUAGGAGAAGGAGACAGAAGCACACUUAGUACUCUCAGAAUGCUGAGAAAUGAAUCAAGUCCUAGGAUUACUGAGGUUCUCCAAAAUUUGUUAACUGCAGAAUCAGUCCGGAAUAAGGAUAGAAUGGCAACAGUAUCACUUACAAUAUUAACUGACUCCAAAUUGCUGACCUAUCUAGAUUCUAUCAAAGACAUGUUUCUAACUAUCAGUAUCCUUCCAGACAGAUACAGAGUAAGUGACACAAAUAAAAGAGGAAUGUAUGAACAUCCCUAUGCUCUUUGCCCAGCAAGUAAUGGAAAUAUCAUAUUUCUCAACUGGAAUUCGAAAACUAGAUCAUCUGAUAUCAUCCAAGUGCGGCUUCACAGUCCAGCGGACAGCAAAAUAGUAUAUAGAAAUGUGGAUUCAAAAGGCCUGAGUCUUUGCUACCUCAAUGGCUCAGCUCUGUUCUAUGGGGAGAAGGGUAUACUCUACGUUGACAUGGAAGGUAAAUUUACAUUGUGUUUGUCACGCAUGAAAUCAAUAUCAAUAUUGCAUUACUAUCUUUAAUGCCAUGUAAAACUUACAAAACAAUUCACAAUUUUAUGGUUAGUAUAUAUCAUAUAUAUCUACUAAUGCUAUGUCAUAUUGUUUAGGCAAAACCACUAUUAAAUCUACUCAAUUCAGAAGCAAAGCAGGAGCAUUAGCCUUCAUCAAGCAACAUAUCACCUCAGAAUACGAUGGCAGCACUGUUACCCUGAAGAAUAUGCAAACCAAAAUACAGCAUUAUCUUGAGAAACAACAACGCCUCCAUAGAAAGUGUGGUACUAUUGGAAUAGUUACAUUGAACAAGGAAGUACAGCUCACAGCUUUAUGCCAAGGAAAUAGUGACAUUCUUGCUGCUUCAUCAAACUCACAAAUGGCUAUCUACUUAGUAACCAACAAUUUUGAUGGUGUUGGUAUUCUUGGAAAAAUC